AUGAGGGGUCAAUGCUCUCCUUCGGAGCGCAAAAAAGCUUCGAAACGUCACUUCGGCACCGUUAAGAGGAUCAAUAAGAAUGCGGGCGUUGAUAAGCGUAAGAAGCAUCAUGUUAAUUUGGAUGGCUCACUAGUGCACGUUGGCGACGUUGUUGACCAACUGUUAUUUGACGAGGUUCUUUCAACGGAUACAUCUAUUGCGAGUAGUUUGACCCGUCGAGCGGUUGCUAAAUUGCAAUUACAAAAUGCAGCUGCAUGGAACCUUGGUCGUAACCCUCGGAGUGCGUUGAACAAACGUCGUUUAGGUGGUGGCGGUGGUAAACGUCGUCGUUCAUUGCUGGAAUACAGUGUAUACCGGCGUAUGGAAUUAUUAGAUGAGCUUAUAGUUUGUCUGGGUCAGUGUUAUCCUCGUUGGAAGCACCGUCGUUUUGGUUUGCAGCGAUUUUACUGUCACAAGUUCAACAUUCAUCUAAAUCUGAUUUCUAGUCAGAACUAUGCCCGUUUGUUAUCUACGUUAUGGGAUGGUUUUGAGAGUUCUGGUGUUGACCGUUGGAGCAGUAGCAACAUAUGGUUGCAGCUGCUUACACAAGAGUACCAGAUAGACAGUGGUAAGCAGAACAAUGCUGAUGUGAAUCGUGAGUAUUCUAACAACAAGCGUGUAGAGGAGGUGCUGCAGCAGCUUGAUGAGAUCAGCAGUUGUUUUUGUAGUGACAAGUGUGCUAUGGAUUUCAUGCGUCAUUCAUCGUAUUGGGGUACUUACCGCCGUACUACUAUAGUUCAGGAGAAUGAUAUAGUGAAGGACAUAAUCGGUGACUGUUUUGCUUUUAUUGAUAACAUCAAGAAAAGUGAGCAUGCUCGUGACAUUCCUGCCAUCGUUAGUUUUUACAAGGAGCGUGGUAUAAUACAUAACUUCACGCGUCCUUAUGAAUACGGUGUUCAAGUAACGGCUAUUGAGGGUUUCAAGAGAUCUGUGGUGUGUCUGAGUUGCGGUCGUAUCUGUUGGUGUCGUUGUCAGCGUAAACUUUUCCGUACUCAGAGAGUUGUUAAGAGCGCAGUUGAAGGUGUCUGUGACCCAUCUUCUUAUCGUACAACUGAGUCUGAUGUAACUACCGUUGGUUACGUUGUUGGUGAGGCUUGUGAUGUUACUGAGGGCGAUGACGAGGAAGAGAUUACUGAUAUGCAUGAGUUUGUCAACUCUUUACAUCCUAAGAAGCAGACAUUGCAUCCUAAUAUCGCACGCACAGCUAUUACUGUGUCCCAUUCUAAGAAUCUGGAAUGUGGCGUGUUGCAUUGUUAUGCUCGGGAUGUGGAAGGUUCUUUUGAUAGCGAUAUAAUGCCUGUUGAGCUGAAACAUAAGUUGCUGCGUGCGUCAAUCGUCCGUGGUGGUGUUGAUGAUCUGUUUACUGCAAUAUUACCUCGUGCGAAUGACUUUAAUGUAGACUCGUUAACAAAUGAAGUAUUAGAGAAAUGGAAGAGCGUGCCAUCUUAUAGGAGUUGGAGAUACUGUUGGUGGCGAUUGAUAGACGUGUGUUCGAUUGACACAUCUGAUAUAAGUAUAAAGCCUUAUGUUGAGCGUACGUUAGAGCGUCUCGAUGCUUUGGGUAACGUUCGUUACAACUUGGAUUACGGUUACAUAAGUGUUGGAUAUUUGCAACGUCGUAAUCGUCUGUGUGCGUAUUGGCGUCAUUUUUAUGUAUCAAGGUUGGGUUUAUGGCGUGCAUUUACUAAGGCAGCGGAGUAUAAUAUUAUGAUUUGUACUAUUCCAUCUGAGAUUCAGUUGGAUAGCCGUUCUAUGCACUGGACUGUUUGUAAAUGUCACCAGGGUGAGAUGUACCGUAAAAGUUUUUCUGCUUUGAAGCGUGGUUUGAUGUGUGCUUAUAUUUUGGCUUUGGGUUGGUUUGAGACGUUGUUACGUGAUUUGAAUGUAUCAACAGUUAGUUAUCCCGAUUUGGUUGAGGAGUCUGAUGAUGGUUGUGACAUGUUUGAUGAUGCUUUAUUUCUGAAGAAGGGUGUUGGAUUGUACGAGUGUCCAGUAACUGUUGAGCAAUCUUACAUUGCAUCUCGUAAGCGUAAGCUAGUGUUAUGUGACGAGAAGCGUUUUGAUUUGCUUGGUGGUUCUGACGGUAGUAGUCGUGUUGUCUGUGGUGGUGGUGUGAAGGAGCAGCAUUUAUUGCAGCACAAUUUGUUUGCUAGUGAGCUUCGUCCAUUAUUUCCUGGUGUUGAUAAGGACAAGAGUGUUAAUGCUGAUGUUGGUCAUGGUCAGACGUUGCGUAACUUGUUGACUCAGUAUCCUGAGUUGAAGGAUUACUUUAACCUUUCUAUAAAGUAUUUGGAGGAGUGUGUUUACACAUUGAAGAUCUAUGUUUCUAAUGCUAUAAACAAAGGUUGUGUUGAUUUGAUUGAGCCUUUGCUUCAGUUAACUGAGGACAAGCGUUUGGCGGAUGUGAUCCCUCAGGUUCCUAUGCAAUGGGUUAGUUUCCACAAGUCUCUUGAUAGUUGGACUUGUGUGUUAGAAUGUUAUCCUUGCAUAACUUGUGCUCCUUCAUCAUGUUUAAAGCAGCCAUGUUGUGUAAAAUUUAAAAGUGGUAAGGAGGUGAUAUCCUUGCUGUGCAAGAAAUUUUCUCCUUGUUCUUUUGAAUAUUCUGAUCAUCCUUUUAAUAAAGAUAGUUCUGUAUCAAGUUGUGCUAUUUCUGAUGGUUACUGUAUUGUUGGUUUCAAUACUCAGAAAUUUGGUUACAACGGUGCGAAGGCGCUUGCUACUGAGUUCCGUAAGCGUUAUAUUCAAUUGGUGUAUGCUUCUAUGAAGUACGACGGUAGUUUUAACGAUGCUUUGCUUGGUAUGAUAGCUGAGGAGAUUGGUUUACUGACGUCUACGGAUGCUUAUAUCCUUCCGAAUAGUACUAAGUUGGAUGAACGUAAGAGUGUCUUAUCUGAGUUAACGUGUGGUGUAUGUUCUUCAUUUGGUGAGACGUUACAGCAUCGUAGCGGUCCUGUGUUUUUGAAGCAGUUGUUUAACUCUAGUGUUCAGGGUAAGCGUCUUUGUGAGGUGUUUGGUUUAGGUCAGAUGGCUGAGGGUGUAUUGUCUGAUGUGAAUUUGGACAUAAAAUUUUGCAGUGUUCAUAUGUCUUGGGUUGUUUGGUGGCAGGAUUGUAUGAAGCAGAACCGUGUAAUGUUUUAUCGUGUAGAGGAUUUGAUAGAUUCCUUUAAUUUGGUUGAAGCUCUUGAAACUUUGGACCGUCAUUGGACUGCUGCUAUCUAUGCUCAUGUUGAGCAUUCAACUCGUAAUAUGGGUGACCGUUAUCAGUUGACAUUAUUAUGUCGUUUUGAGGAGGCUUUUCAUCACUUUACUGUAUUGCAGAAGAACCUUUACGAGGCUUUUCACACAUCAUUUGCCAUGGCUCUUCGUUCGAUAAUAGAUUCUAAGCAGGAGUUUAAGCUUUUAAAGCGUUUAUGGCAGUUGAACAAGAACGAGGUUGGUGAUGUGUUAUCUGAGGAUGUGAAUGGUCAAUCGUUUGCAUUAACAGAUACAGUGGUAUUUCCUUUCGGUUCAUUACAUGACGAAGGUACUCCUCCGUUAUCAGAUGGUGCUUAA